CACUCCGCUCGCACAGAGCCGUGUUAGGAUUAUCUCAGGGAGACUUGCUCGGCCAGGCUACUCCGCUCUCCUGACAGCAAACAGUGGUGAGAGGCAGUAGUGGGGUCAGGGCACACGCUGCUUUCCUGACAGGAGCCCUCACCGGCCGCCUUUGUCACCGACAUGAACCUAUGACCAUGGAGAUGAAGGACUCGGGCAGCGUGGUCCUGACAGCCUACCACCCCCACAGCCCCGCCAGGAUCCCGGGUAUGGAGCAGAGCUUCGUGCAGGACAUCCCCUCUAGCCGCUCGCCUGGCAGCAGAAAAUCUCUUCCUCGCUGCCGAAGAAUUAACAGGAUGCUUUCCAAUGAGUCAAUGCCAACAAGUCCUCCAGUAUUCACUCGCUCCAACUCUCAGGCCUCUGUGGACAGCACCUCCAUGGAGGACUUCUGGUGCGAAGUGGAGAGCAUCAAGGAGAGCAGUGAAGAUGGGCCUGAAGAAGCAUCACUCUUGGAGUUCAAACCUGCUGAUGAAGGGGAACUGGAGGCCGAGUGGCUGCAGGAUGUAGGCUUAUCUACCCUGAUCUCAGGAACUGAGGAGGAGGAUGGCCAAGCCCUGCUGUCCACUCUGACUCGAACACAAGCUGCUGCCGUACAGAAGAGGUACAACACAUACACUCAGACCCUGAGGAAGAAGAACAAGCAUACGGUCCGGGAUGUGCGAGACAUCUUUGGCACCAAUGACUCUUCUCCCACAUUUGAGACAGUUCCAGUGUCAUCAGUUCCUUCUAAUGGUAUCCAGCUUCCUGGGCAGAAGCCAGUUUGGAAAUCAGUUAGCUCUAAUAGCUGUCUAGACUGUGGACUAGAUAAAGGCAGUUCAUCUAUAACAGAAGAGCUCUCCUAUGAGGUCUCUUUCUCAGAAUCCAUUACAGUCCUUCCAAAAACCCGAGAGUGGACAAAGAGCCAGAGGUUCAGAAAGGAAGACUCCGCUUUGCCAAAAUUCAUUGUUCGGAAAAGCCGAUUUGGAUUGACAGAGAUUGGAGAUCUCUCUCCUGAAGACAUGAAGAAGAUCCGCUACCUCUCCCUAAUUGAGCUAACAGCCUUCUACGAUGCCCUGGGUGUAGAGCUGAAGAGGAAUCGUGCGGAGAGGGUACGGAGACGAGAAAAUGGUCUUUUUGGAGUCCCCCUCACAGUGCUGCUGGAGAAUGAUCAGAAGAAGAUUCCUGGUAUAAAAGUUCCUCUCAUCUUCCAAAAAUUGCUGCUCAAGCUUGAGGAAACUGGUUUAGAAACUGAAGGAAUUCUUCGAGUGCCUGGAUCUGCCUCCAGGGUUAAGAAUCUCCAUCAAGAACUUGAGACAAAAUUUUAUGAAGACACAUUUGACUGGGAUCAAGUACGAAACAAUGAUGCAGCAGGACUGCUUAAAAUGUUUAUAAGAGAACUCCCAAGUCCACUAUUCACAGUGGAAUAUCUGCCUGCUUUUAUCACCUUAGUGGAAAAAAUCCCCAAGAUCAAGUUACAGCUUCAAGCUUUGCAUCUGUUGAUCAUGCUUCUGCCUGAAGCCAACAGGGACACAGCUAAGGCUUUCCUUCAGUUCCUGAAGAAGGUGGUUGCUAAUGAAGGAAAAAAUAAAAUGAAUUUGUGGAAUGUUUCUAUGAUUGUUGCACCAAACCUCUUCAUCUACAAAGGGAAACGUGCAAACCAACAAGAAAUGCAAGCAGCUGCCACCACUGCACACAUUGUGCGGCUUUUAAUUCGGUACCAGGAUAUCCUGUGGACAGUUCCAUCCUUUCUGAUUUCCCAGGUGAGGAAAAUGAAUGAGGCAGCAAUAAACAACAGCAAGAGGCAGCUGAUGUUUGACAAAGGAGUGAGAAAACUUCUAAGGAGAAAGACCAUGGAGAGAGAAAGACCUGAAAGACCAGAGGGAGCUGUCACUUUUCCCCCAUACCUGCAGUCUGACAUACCGGAGGGGGUGAUAAGAGUUUAUGCACCACUGCAUUCAAAAGUCUCUAUGGCAAUUCAACUCAACAGCCAAACAAAAGCCAAAGACAUCCUGGCUCGAUUCCACUGUGAAAACAGCCAUGGAUUGUCACAGAAUGUGAGAAGCCAGAUCCAAAGUUUACAUGAAGUUGGAGGAAAUAUAGGUCAGCAUUGUUUGGAUCCAGAUGCAUACAUUUUAGAUGUUUACCGUGCGAAUCCUCAGGCAGAAUGGGUGAUAAAACCAAAAGCAAGCUGAAGCACAAGGCUGCAGCAUACUGGACAAAGGCCAAAUGGACAGCUGUGAUGCCUGUCAUUUGAAGAAGCUCUCGCCUCUUGUCAGUGAUGAAAACAAAACGGUAGCUACCUACAGGAUAUCAUUCCUUUCUAUCAUACUGUCCUACAGAUGUUCAUCAUGUACUACUUUUGAUAUUAAAAAUGAUCACUCCAAUUUCUGGACCAUUCGAAUGCUGCACAUCAGUUAUGCUUUCCUAUGGAUUGUGCUUGUGCUAGAGUUGGCCCAGGAGUUGAGGAGGACAGACCAAGGUACGGAGGCACAGAAAAUAACCCAUCGCAUAUGGAGUUCUUUGUUUCCUGACCUGGCAUUGGAGUAUGGAUUCUGCGGGAGGAAAUAAUCCAGUGGCAUCCAUGGAUGCAUGAAACACUACCGACCACAAUGUACACAGAGGCAUCACAAAGACAUUCAAGGAGAAGUAUCUGUCAAGCGCAAAACAGAGGAUCUCAACCUGCAGCAGUGCCAAGAAGGAGCCACGUGACAAUAUCAAACAUUUCUGCUGAAAGUCAACCAGUGCAGAGUGCGUUACUGCAGUAUUUAUAUCUCUCAAUCACUCCUCAUCAGUACCUGGUGCUGGGGGAGGGAGGGAAGCAAGGGAAGCAAGGGAAAGAACUACUGUGUAGACAGCUGUAUACCGCUUUAUGUAUGCACCACUGUAUAUAUCAUUAUCAGUCUUCUGGAACCAUGUGUCUGGAUCUUGUUACUGUGUGCAUUUGUAGCACCACAAACCAUUUUCUCCGUCCUUCCCCUGUCUUACAUGCAAGCUUCAGGAGAUGAAUGGUAGGUGAGAAGGCAUAUUUUCUGGCUCCAUCUUUUACCUUAUAUACUCAGAUUUAAGUCUGUGUAAUGCCACACUAUGAGUUAUGUGUUAAUGGUGCCACUUAGGACAUCAUCUUUUUCAUUAAAUGUUAUAGUUUCUUAAUUUGUAACCUAAUUAUUUUUCUUAUAUUUUAGCUUCAAUAUGUAAGCAAUUUUUAUACUAUUCAGCUGCAUUGAGAAAAAAGAUCUUCAUCCAGAUCUUGCAUGACACAGCACAGAGAAAAAGCUUCCAAUGAGCGCAGGAGUUUAAUAGUUUUAUUUUAAUUUUUCACAAUGGGGGCCUUUAGGCCACAGUCAAACCAGGCCCAGUUGUUUUAGGGUUUCUACAAAUACAUAGUAAACUGCAGCUACUUUUGCUGGUUGCGUGCAGUUCAUGAAAACUUGUAGAGUGACAAGAGAACAGUGGGUUCUAACUGCAUUGACAGUAUAGAGUAGCAAAUAUAAGAAUGCCUAGUUGGCAGCCAGUCACUAGGGUGAGCACCGUUCUUCACCCAACCAUCUGGUUCUGGGCUAUACUUCAUGUAAAUAAAGUAAGUUUGUUGAAUAUGAAACACACAGGUCUCUGUAAAACAGCAAAUAAUUUUUCAUCUCUGUCUUACCAAAAGAAUGGGAACACCUUCAAAUGCACUUCAGUGUUACCAUCAUCACACAGAUGUGUUGCACAGUGAAUUCACCCACUGUGCUCAGCUAGUAAUGUUCACAAUCUGGACAUACAGAUGAGGCUGAAGCUGAUGCUUUAGGUACCAACUAGCAAUGUAAAAGCCUUCUGAACCAAGUCUUCUAGGUGAACAUAGAGUACUGUGUCAUAGAGAAACCCUGGAGGUUGUGACGAGCUGCUGACACUGUAUGAUGACGACGAUUUUCACAUUUGAGAAAAUAUUUCUGGUUCAAAGCACAUUGGGAUCUGCAGUGAUUAAUUUUCUUAGUGUUCAGUCAAAGAAAUCAACAUCUAAUCUGCACUCUUACCAGCAACAACAUCUACAAAGGGCAAAUCCUGCCUUUCUGUUUUUCCUUCUUUAGAUAAAAUAUGAAAUUUAGAAGUGUUGUUGGGUUUUUUGUUUACUUUAAAAUAUGUAUAAUUUUUAACUUCCCGUCAUUUUCUUUUUCUUUUUCAUAACACUAAUGGGUGCAUAGUUGCAGCCAGGCUAAGUCUAGGACAGUUUUGUUAUAAAAUGCACUACUUAUUUUGACAACUAUUUAUUUUAAGUAUAUGAGAGAGAGAGUAGAACCGUGGUUUGCUCAUAGGCCUAGAAAUUAAUGUUUUGUCAUGUGCUUUUUUCCUGAUUCCAGUUAGUUCCCUCUGCGAUGACGGACAAUCCUUUCUGCUGUGCUGCCCUCCUUUUUUUAGCUUUACUACAGGAUGAGUACUUUUCCUUAUAAAGGUAACAUGAGAAUUAGUUGGAGUCAAAUUCUGCUCUCAGACACAGCCAAACAGCUUCACUAGCAGAGCAGGAAUUAUAAAUACUCGUAUAGGAACGACAAACGCAGCAAACGGAUUUUAUAUGGAAAGUACUUUGAAAACAAAGAGCAUAACAUAAAUGCUAAGCAUCAUUGUAUUUAUAACCAACAAAAAAAGCUUUGAUGACUAUAUGGAAAGUCUGAACAUUAGGUAAAGAAUUUGUAAUGGCAAACAAGGCAACUCUUUCUAUAGUACCAUCUUCAGACAAACACAUUGACUUUCAGCAUCUUCCCAUUCAGCCCAUGUUCUUAGUUCUGUACACGGGAAGAAAAAGGAGAGUACCUGUGCAUUCUAGACCCUGAAAUGAGGUCUUCAUCAAAAUGUAUCUUAAAUAUCAUUGUUCUCUGCACUGAAUACAAGGGGUUAUUAGAGAACUUUCACCUUUUACCACUUUGCAACUUAGGAAAGAUAAAUCUGAGGGAAUGAAAUAAAAUACAUUCCAUGAACCCUUGUUUUACACUAAGGUUGCCUGUAACUUCCUAAGAUAUGCACAUUAGCAGAUAACCUCGACUCUCCAAGCAGUACCCCAAGUACUACAGCAUGGCCAAACACCUGCAGUCCCUGAAACAGAAUGGCACAAUUCUUGUUUGAUACGAAUGAACCUAAUGAUCCAUGUGUACUGUGGUUAAUAUUGUUAAACAUUAAGUUGUGUCAUGUUGGUGUGGUACGCUAACUCGAAUUAAUAUGCAGCAAAGCAAACAAUCUCACCAGUAUUUUUAAAUGUGAAGUUUCAACUUUUGGCCUUAGAUUUCAAGAUGUUGACAGGGAAGCCUGAAAUUUUGCUCCUCCUAGCAGUAGUUAAAUUAAAAACAAAGAUGUGAUAAUAUUGUCACCUAAAAAAAGCAACGUAUGUGAAAGCUAUUAAUCAGAAUGUGGCAGCAAGGAGGAAGAAACUUAUUCAACAAAUUCCAAAGAUGCCUCAAACAUCUAUAUACUCCACUUUAUGUAUUCCAUGGUUCUAGAAAGACAGCAUUUCAUCUGUCCACACAUACAGAGUACUGCAAGAAAUACGUAUUGAAAGCAAACUGAAAUGCUCUCACCUGUUCAUGCAGCUAGGUUCACGUGUGCAAAUGUGUUUGCAUCUGCAUCUAAUAAAAACUACCUCACUUUCCAUUUUCCAGGAACAAUAUUUUGGCUUAAUGGUUUAAUAUUCCAAAGCUUUCUAGUAUUAAUUAUACCUCUGUAUUAGUCUUUUACAUAGAUAAAAUGUUUCUUGCUAUAGGGGGCAAGAGUUGGAAAUAACCUCUAUUAAAAAGAAUAUUUGAAGGUAUGGACAAAAAUAUCUAAACCAUGCUGCCUCGAUGAGUGCUUGUAAUGUGAACCUUGUUAGAUCACAUAUUGGGGUUAACAGGCAGCAAACACAAGCAGUGUUUCAGUUUUUAUUUUUCAGUGGCUUUCCAUUAAUGUCUGUCUCCUCUGGAAAACAAUACAAUGCCACUAAGCAAAGCAAAAUGUCUGCAUGUACGUUUUCCUUACAGUCCUUUUUAUAAUGUUACAUGUUUUGUUGAUGUAAGCCUACAUAUUAGUGUACUUGUACAGCAGAAUGUGUCCAUUGUAUUUGUAUUCAUGUCAAAAAUAAAAACAGUACCAACAAAAAAAUCUCUUUGAAGUUAAAACACAUGAUUUUUUGACAGAAGCAAGCAACAGAGAUUGCAAAAAUGGCAGGAAAAUCUGUCCCGAGGGCAAUGGUGUUGUUACAGUGCCUGAACACUACACCCAUAGCUGCUUAAGCAGCGCACUUCUUCGUACCAGGGGCUCCUUCUUUUGUCUAUGCAAAAGCAGGGAACAAGAUGACACUGCUGGGAAUUCUGCCUCACUGAAAUCAUUGAUAACUCAGGUUUAUUUGAACCAGUAUUUUUUUAAAUGACUAUGAUAUAAGUAGAUCAAAAUUCACUAGAGAAGGAAUUGUAAAAAUGCUUACUAAAAGCUUCAAGUUGUGAGCAAAAAUCCUGCUGGUUCAAAAACAAAAAUGGAGAGGGAAGUGACACAUAAGGAAUUAUACUUAUUACAGAUCCAUCCUCAAAUACCAGACAUGUUCCAGCGCCACUCAGUGGUCCAGUCAGUCAAUGAAAAGAUGUUGUUACUUGAGUCAGGCUAAGUGUGUAUCCCCCAAAACUGGCUCAAGCACAACUUCUGGAAGCCUCAUGUUUGAAAUAGAGGCAGACACAACAGGAAAAUUCAGACCUGCUUGCUGGCCUGCAAAAUAGGAAUCACAGGGAAUCAAAGAUGUUUCCCUCUGCCUUGUAAGAAAUACUGUUUUCCCAGAAUAUGUGUUAGUUCUCAUUGCCAAAAUACACAGUUGUUGCCAAACCAGACCCCAUCAGUUUUUUCACCAACACAUUAUUUCACAUUCUCCGUGCUAUAGAAAUGCCACUCAAAUGAAAGCAUAAACAGGAAUAUAUUCCACCUCAACAACGCAGCUACUGAGGGCAGGAGGACUGGAGCAGAAGGAAAAGGGAUCAGAGCUACUACAGAAAUUAUAAAUAAGAAAAUUCUCU